AUGUUGUCUUACUUGUACACGUACCUGACGAAUUUGCCUCGAUGGCACCUGGUCGCGAUCGUCCUGGUUGGGUACCUUGUAUACUAUCUGAUGGAGGUGGUCAAGCGCCCAAUCCUGGCCGCCUCGGAUGGUCCGUUCAAGAAGUACCUUCGCAAGCACAUUCCAACCCUAGAGCACAAGUUUUGGCCAACGUUCUGGUGCGUGGAAAGUCGCGCGCAAACCGUAUUUGCCAGCAUCCUGCGCUCGAACAUCAUGCCGGACGUCGAGUAUCGGCGUGAGGUGCUGACGCUGAAGGACGGGGGUCAGGUGGCGCUCGACUGGCUCGAGGCAAACUGCGACCCGGAGGCACCGAUCAUUAUCAUUCUGCCCGGGUUGACGGGUGAAUCGCAGGCCGAGUACAUCAAGUGCCUGGUAACGGCCGCAAACCGUGCCGGCAUUCGGACGGUCGUCUUCACGAACCGUGGACUCGGUGGGGUCGCCUUAAAGACGCCUCGACUCUACUGCGCGGCGAACUGCGAGGAUCUAUCGGAGGUGGUGAAGUACGUGCGAUCGGCACACCCUCACGUGCGUAUCGGUGCUACCGGUAUCUCGAUGGGUGGACUAAUCCUGGGCAACUAUCUCGCUCGGAAAAGCGACGAAGCGAAAUCGAUCCUGACGGCGGCUACCAUCAUCUCCGUGCCGUGGGACGUACACAAGGGUUGUGCCAGCAUCGAGCAACCCAUACUGAACAACCUUCUAGGACGACAUCUUGCCUCAAGCCUCUGCCGUACGGUUAGCAAGUACGAUAUCCUCCGGGGCGAAGAAUUUGACUGGGACAUGAACCAGGUGCUACAGAGCAAAACAAUUAAACAGUUCGAUUCGUCGUUCACGUCGAAGCACUUUGGCUAUAAGGAUGUCGACAGCUACUACUCGGAUGCUACGCUUCACAACAAACUACACCAGAUUAAAGUGCCUUUGCUGUGCCUGAGCGCAGCGGACGAUCCGUUCCAGCCGCUCGAAGCGAUCCCGGUGAAGGCGGCCUCCAAGUCGUCGCACGUUGCCAUUCUCAUCACAGCCCGCGGUGGCCACAUAGGAUUCCUCGAGGGUUGGUGGCCAGCAAACAAGGAACAAUACAUGGGCCGAAUAUUUAGCCAGUACUUUGCCGCCGCCCUGUUCGAUCCCGAUAACGAGUUCUACCGGACGGCGCAGCUGAUGAUGGAGCACAAUCUGACCACGUCCACAUCGGUGCCAGGUUCGCCGAAAGUACAGACCCCGCCGCCCUCCCCGGUUGCAGCCGCCAGUGCGAUACGGAAAAAGUCCAUCCCCUUCUAAUGACGAUUGGAGCGCGGUGCUUCCGUAUUGUCCGGUGCGUGAAGCUGAGGGAUUCGGGCACAUGGCGCGACGUCCCUGCUUACCACAAAUCAACCCUUAUUGACUCUCUCGCUCACACACAUUCGUUGCUUGCCGCUAUAGCAUGGGUUUCCGAAAAAGGAAGCCUACUUUAAAACCACACGUCCAAAGCUACACGCCGAUCGGUAGCAAAUGUGAUCAUUCUGCGAAGCGUUACUGUAGGCACUACUUGAAGGGUGAUUAGCUAAUCGCUUGAGGGAAGGAAUUUUAAUGUUAAAAAUUUCUUUUCAUGAAGGUAUCGAUUUCCGUGUACGCGCGCUGUCCUUGGAAAAGGUGUUACAUCGAUGGAAAGUCGUAACAAAAAUAUUUGUGAUAGAAGGAAACACUUAAAAUUGAUGUACUGAGGAAGUUACUGUAUGCGUUUGCUCUUGUUAGCAAACUUGUGUGACAUAGUCAACAAAGAAGGAAUAUCGUAACACAUUGAAAAAAGAAAACUAAUUACAUUUAGGCACAAUGCUAGCAUAUGAAUAGAACUAAUGUUACGUAAUAGCUAGAUGAAAAAAAGUCAUUCUCUCCUCAGGUUACAAAUUUGGACCGACAUCAACCUAGUUGACCAAGAACAAACGUGUUUCAUUUGAACGACAACGUAUACAACAAAUUAGACAACAGCAAUACUUCACGUUCAAACCUUCUCGUUUAAGAGUAUUACCAUUAGGUCGCUAGGACGUUAUAAAAGUGGACAAUUUAUGCGUUCUUUAAGGACUAAGUCUGAAGCAGUCUGCAGAGCUUGUUGUAAAAAAUAAUAUAUUUUAAUAAGUAGGGGUUGGCUUACCGUUUGCUUUUAUGUUAAAACACAUUUUAAUCACAUCACAUGUUAAGGACUUGAAUUUAAUUGUUCAACCUUUUUCCAGCAAUAAAAGACUCAAAUAGUAAAUGAAUAAAAAAAGAAACAACACGAUAUGAUGAAAUCGUUGGUUGAAAUAGUUUUUAAGUAAUAAGGUAGACCAUUUAGACUUCAUUCAAAUAUAUAAUAUAUUAUGCUUUACCAAUAUUGAGUUUUUCACAUUUAAGAAAUUUAAAAAGACUUUUGCAUUACAGUUGAACGGUGCAGUAUUGUUGCAGACACUGCAGCUACUGGAGUAUGAAGAGAGAAAUAGAAUUGCAUACUUGAAGCAUGUAGAAAGGUUGUUAUAAAUUCAUAUUUUCGUAGGAGAAUGUGAAUUAAAUUUAAGAAAAAAAUAAAAAAAUAAAAAUUAAUUGUACGUAGCAAUGUGGAGCCCAUUGGUGCAUUGAGGACGUAGAAAGGACUUUCGGGAAGAAGUAGUGAUAAACUUUCAACAUUAGGUAGCAAUCAACGAUGAUCGGUAGUCUGAUCUCUUCUAUAUUAACUUAUUUAACAUAUCCUAAUAUCAAUUAACUCUUACCCAACUAGGCAUUGCUGAUGUCGAUCGAGACCAUAAACAUUUGAAACAGAGAGGCGUACAUUAUUCGGUUGAAAUUGAUUUCACAACUUUUCACAUAAAAUGAUGCUGGUCUCUAAACGAGUUUAUCUCAUAAAACAUAUUAAGUGAGCGGUAUUUUCAGAUGGAAAGUAGCACUAGAGAAUUGUUAUUUCGUUAGCAACGUCAUUUUGAAGCGAGCUCGUGCUUAUAGUUUUACAAAGUUUGAACAUGUUACGCAAUUAUAAUGCAUUUAUCUUGUUCUUAAAGGAACGUUAACAGCCUCUAAAUACUCUGAGGGAAACCUGUAACAAACAGAGGGCAAGAAUUUGAAUUGAAAUAAAGUUAUUACUGAUCU